UCUAUGUGGACAUGUGUAAACAUCUUCCACGUGGAUAAAAAAUUAUAUAGAUUGAGAGUGACAUGUGUUUUUGAGGAAUCACUGACUUGAAUCAGUCAACAAUAUUUAUAUUUAUCAAUAGAAUAUUCUAAAUAAGUUAUAAUGGCUCCACCAACAAAAAGUAGUAAAGUUGCAACCAAGGGAGCUAAACAAAUAGUAGAAGAAAAUGCUGCUACAUUAAAUUUUUAUAGAAAUAUGGCUCUUGGAGCUACUGGAGUAUAUUUAGCAGUGAUGAUGGUGCUAUUUGAAUUUACAACAUUAACAAUUAGUUUAACUAUAUUUUCCGCAAUAAUUUAUGUUGCAAGUUAUCAAUUAAUGGCUUACAUGGCUAAAACAAAAUAUAGUGAAACAAAUCAACUUAUAGAUUCUGGAGUUGAUUUGAAUAUGAAAGGUGGUAUAGCUGAACAUGUCAUAGACUUAAUUAUCUUAACUUCCGGAUGUCAAUUACUUUCCUUAAUAUCAAAUUACUUCUGGCUUCUUUGGUUACUUGCACCAAUAAGAGCAUUUUAUCUAGCUUGGAUUAAUUUCCUCGGUCCAUGGUUUUUCUCGGCACCUCAGGAACCAGAAAUUGAUGAGAAAAAACAACGAAAAUUAGAGAGAAAGAUGGCUAAACGCCACUGACAAAUUCAAUUGAAAGAAUUUGAGUUUUAAUCAUGUGAGAUUGAUGAUUCAUCAAGAUGAAAUUAUAUAGAGCAGUUUUUGAUAGUAAUGAAUGUUGAAAUUUAUAUAUGUAUUGCUUU